GAUGGUUAGAUCGUCUCAAUUUCCGUUUGGAGACCGUGUUUUCUGUCGAGUCGAGCGAGAUGUCGGAUGAUGAGGAUUUCGUCGAUCACGGAGGAGUCCUGGGAAGCAUUUCGUUUUUUGAUGCAUAUAUAGAUCGUGGAAGUGCUGAGGGAUGUUAUGUUUGUGUGCCUCUAUGAUCUAACAUCAACGGUUUUUGUGGUUUCAAGAUUUCUUGAUCGAAGGAAAUCCUGUUCUUUCUAUUAUACUCUGCUCGAAGGUGACAGUGGCGCUUACCUUUGUACCCGCGAAUAAAGGUGCGAGAACAGGAAGAUCAGACCAUCAAGGAAGAAGAGCUCUCAUUUGUUAUGAGAAUCAUUGAAACUCUCUCUACAGAAGUUCAACCAUCCUUGAGGAAUUCAGCAGCAAAGUAUGAUACGGAGUCUGGAAAAGAUCCUCUUUUGUGGCAUGCAAAAUUUCACAAGUCUCCACUCAAGGGUUUUCCAGCUUCUUCUAUUUCCGCAUCCAAAGGGAAGGAUGCCAAAAUUAUCAAUGAGGACAAUAAGACCAAAAAGAGAGCUAGUUCAGUUCCACGACCUCGUGCUGUCCUAUCGAGUCCUGAUAAUGAUGAUCUCAUAGGAAAGCAGAACCUAGCAAUAAAGCGGCAAACGCUCCCAAAAAUCAAGAGCAUAAACCAGAGUCUACAAGCUCAAGGUAAAGAGGGUAGCCACAAGAAUGCUGGAGUUGGAACUCCACUUCGCAGAAAAGGGAUCUCCAAGGAAUCUGGUGACAACAACCAUACGAAUGAGAGGAAGCUUCCCUCAGAAGUGGCGGCACAGAGGCAAGUAAUGUUCGUGAAAAGAGGAUGAUGAACCAUAUUAAGUGAUGAUCUACAUGGUGACUACAAACUAGGUUACAGUUAUUUUUGCAGUCACAAGACAAAGGAGGAUCCGGUCUUGGUUUUGUUUGGCAGAAGAGAUCCAUCCAGCAGUUAAUCGUAUUUUUACAUCGUGUUACUGAAUGAAGUUAUCAUGGGAAGAUACAUGAAGUUGUGUAUAUUGUUAUGGAAUAGAUGUAUGACAGGCCAAGUGGCCUGUUGAGUGUGUUUUCUUUUCUUUUAAUCUUGAAAUCAUUUUUCCCUUCAAGAAAGUACCUGUUAUGAGUUGUCAAUUGCCUUCAUGUUCAUGUAAAAGCAAUAUUCCUAAUCACCAGAUAUAAUAUAUGGGAUUCCUUAAGCAA